CCUGUAGUCAGUUUUCCGGCUGCUAAACUCGUGUGACGCCAUAUUGGCGAGGGGCACAGUGUGUUUAUAUUCUAUAGUUUGGCGAAUUCGGUGCCGUUCUCUGGCACGUUAAUAGUGGAUGAAAAAUCGUGAAUGUAACGAGGACUAUUACUAUCAAGUGUUAAUCGGACUCUCGGUGAUAGACGUGUGCUUCGGUAAUAUUUUGCCGGAAGUUUCAACCCCCUGCCGAAAACCUGUGCGGUAAACGCGAGCAGAACUCACCCCUAACGUAAAAUCAACCCCUAAGGAUUACUGGCACUGAAAGGAUGCCCGUCCGUAAGCAAGGUGAGGCGCACAGGGCGUUGGAGCUGCUGGAAGAUUAUCAUGCGAAACUGACAAGACCUCAGGACAAACAAUUGAGAUUAGCGAUCGAACGUGUCAUCAGAAUCUUCAAGAGUCGUCUCUUUCAGGCGUUACUCGAUAUACAGGAAUUUUACGAGCUGACGCUGCUUGACGAGACCAAAUCGAUACAGCAAAAAACUGCCGAGACAAUCCGUAUCGCCAACAAGUGGGAGGCCAGCGACGGUCCCAUUACUCCGACCUUCGCACAGAAUGACGGUGGACCCACCUCCGUGUUUCCGCUGCCCCAGACAAUCCUAAAUCUCUACGAACGAGGAUCUGCUACCCCAGACGUUCAGGGACACAUCGACCUCAACCAGAAGACCAGAUUCGUCGGUAGUGGUGCCGGUGGUACGGAAGAACAACUGCCCCCGCCUCCCUCGCCCCCUCAACUGAAGGAAGCCAGUCAGUUGGACGGUGUUCCCAGACUGAAUUCCGUCGACCGUAUUCUUCACGCCGAUGGAAAUCAUUCGCUCACUAGCCGGGAAAAUUUGAACAAGAGCCACGACAGCUGGCAGGGACACGACAGCGAUCAGGCGCACACUCCCCUACUAGCCGGUGACACGAGACACGUUAACGGAGACGAUGACUGGGAAUACGAGGAAAUCAUCCUCGAACGAGGAGGCGCUGGUCUCGGUUUCAGCAUCGCAGGUGGUACGGACAAUCCUCACAUCGGUAACGACACCGCGAUAUACAUCACGAAACUUAUUCCCGGCGGUGCCGCCUCCGCGGAUGGAAGACUUCGCGUCAACGAUACGAUAUUGCAAGUGAACGACGCUUCCGUCGUUGACGUACCUCACGCCACAGCCGUUGACGCGUUAAAACGUGCCGGAAACACCGUGAAAUUGUACGUCAGGCGACGACGGUCGGCGUCGAACACCAGAUUACUCGAGAUAGAAUUGAUCAAGGGUAACAAAGGACUGGGAUUCAGUAUCGCCGGUGGAAUCGGCAAUCAACAUAUCCCAGGCGACAACGGGAUAUACGUUACCAAAAUAAUGGACGGUGGGGCCGCUCAAGUUGACGGAAGACUCAUCGUCGGCGACAAACUCGUCGCCGUCAGAAACACCUUGCAGGGUGACAAAAACUUGGAAAAUGUGACCCACGAAGAAGCCGUCGCCACUCUCAAGGCUACACAGGAUCGCGUUGUCCUACUAGUUGCGAAACCCGAGGGCGUAUUACCACCACCACCGUCCGCGUCGGAGUUGUCACUGUCACCUCAACCACGCAAACAAAACGGUUCGGUAUCAGCGUUGGAAAAUAACUCCUUAGCAUAUUCGCAAGAAUCGCGUCACGCCUCUUCACUGGCACUUCACACAGCCUCGACGCCACGUGCUGUUUCACAAGAAGACAUUUCAAGAGAAGUCCGUACGGUACUCCUAAACAAGGGAACUUCGGGUCUCGGUUUUAAUAUCGUGGGAGGUGAGGACGGCGAAGGAAUCUUUAUCUCCUUCAUAUUGGCCGGUGGACCGGCUGAUCUCAGUGGCGAAUUGCGACGCGGCGAUCAAAUUCUCAGUGUCAAUGGCAUCAAUCUACGAACAGCAACUCAUGAGGAGGCUGCUGCCGCCCUCAAGGGUACAGGUCAAACAGUGACGAUUGUUGUACAGUAUAAGCCGGAAGACUACAACAGAUUCGAAGCGAAGAUCCACGAUCUUAAACAACAAAUUUCUCAGCAGAAUAUGAUGACAGGUACCCUAAUGAGGACCUCACAGAAAAAAUCACUCUACGUCAGAGCCCUCUUUGACUACGAUCCGAAUAAAGACGACGGCCUUCCCAGUCGGGGUUUGGCGUUUAAAUAUGGUGAAAUUUUACACGUAACGAACGCAAGCGAUGACGAAUGGUGGCAAGCGAGGAGGGUAACACCUCAGGGUGAAGAAGAAGGUCUCGGUAUAAUUCCCUCUCGAAGGCGUUGGGAACGCAAACAACGAGCGAGAGAUCGAUCCGUAAAGUUCCAGGGACACAUGCCUGUUAUAUUAGACAAGCAAUCGACCUUAGAUAGAAAAAAGAAAAACUUUUCAUUCAGCAGAAAAUUCCCAUUCAUGAAGAGCAAAGAUGACAAGUCUGAAGAUGGAUCGGAUCAGGAACGGUCACCCACAACACCCGAGAAUGAAAACGAUCCCAUGCCAUUCAUGCUGUGCUACACCCAGGACGACACUAACACCGAAGAUUUAUCUUCCGCAACAGGAAGUAAAGAAAUUUUGUAUCGUGUUAAACUACCCUAUAUGGAGGAACUGACAUUAGUUUAUCUGGAAAAGGAGGGUGAUGAAAAUAAUGAGGAGCUUAGUAGUGAAGAAACUGUUCUAUCGUACGAAGCUGUUCAACAACUCGCCAUACAAUACACCCGCCCUGUCAUCAUUCUUGGACCACUCAAAGAUCGCAUUAACGACGAUCUAAUCUCAGAGUUCCCCGACAAAUUCGGCAGCUGCGUUCCACACACAACGAGGAGUAAAAGGGAAUACGAAGUUGACGGACGAGAUUACCACUUCGUAGGAUCGCGAGAACAAAUGGAAAGGGAUAUUCAAAACCACCUGUUUAUCGAAGCUGGACAGUACAACGAUAAUCUUUAUGGAACGUCCGUUGCGUCUGUGAGAGAAGUUGCGGAAAAGGGUAAGCACUGUAUUCUUGAUGUUAGCGGUAAUGCGAUCAAGAGGUUACAAGUUGCGCAGCUCUAUCCCAUCGCUAUUUUCAUCAAACCAAAGUCUGUUGAGUCGGUGAUGGAAAUGAAUAAACGAAUGACGGAAGAACAAGCGAAGAAAACCUACGAACGUGCCCUAAAAAUGGAGCAAGAAUUUGGAGAAUAUUUCACCGCUGUGGUACAGGGAGACACACCGGAAGAUAUCUACUUGAAGGUGAAAGAGGUGAUCAGCGAGCAGUCAGGUCCAAGCAUCUGGGUGCCGAGUCGAGAUCAGCAACUGUGACGACCUGCCCCCCAUCUCCAUCCCCAUCCCCUUCCUCAUCAACUUCAUCAACCUCACGCAAAUCCCAAUUACAAUUCUAAUACAAAUCCUAAUGCCUGGACCUUACCUCCCAGGCGUAAUGAUUAAAUAUUAUUAAUAAACCAACUAAGUAACACUCUUACGCCUUCUCCCCCACCUAAGUAGCACAAUGUCCUAGUUAAGGCGUGAAGCUGAUUGCUUCAAUUAUAGUCUCGAAUUGCCACAAGGAAUUUAAAGAAUAAUAUUCAGUCUCCCUCUCAAAUUUGUUAAUAAUUAUUAUAAUAUUGUGUGAAUAUUAGGAUGGUAGGCAAUUACUCGUAAUCCAAGUAUAUUGUUAAAUGAUUUAUUAUACCGUAUAGUAUGAUUAAAGUGGAAGAGAACAUCAUCUCGCUUAUAAUUAUUAAGUAGGAUAUGAGGGUGAAGAAUUCGACGUUGUUCUCAUCUGAGAAUGAUAUUUCGUUGUAUGUUUUUUGCCUGACAAAAGCUGAAAAUAAAUCAAAUAAAAUAAAAGCGAGCGAUAAAGUCGAUUGGUAUACACAGAGUCGAAUUUAUAAGUAUUUUAUUUUUGUAAGAUAGAAAAAAUUUCUCGGCAAUGAAAUUGAUCGAUCGAUUACAACUGAGAUUAUAAAUAACAUUAUAUAUGGCGUUGCAAUAGAUCGAUCAGUAGCUAUUGCUCGUAGAGAUGAACAGGAGUUCGAGCUUGAUUAAUAAUUACCUUUUAAAGAUUGACGAUAGUCUCAAAAGUGUGAUUACUGAUUAGAGACUCUUUUGGUCAGCUGAAUAUAUUAUAUAUAUAAAUAUAUUAUUAUUAUUACUAUUAUUAAUAUUAUUAUUAAUUACGAUCAAUACUAUUAUCAUUAUUAUUAUCAUUUUCAUUUCAUUCUAAUCAGGCUCUAUCGCACGAAAAAUAGAGAGACACAUGGAAAUAUCGAUGAAGAGAAUUUGAUUCUCACCUACUUUUAAACUGCUUUUAUUCAUUGACUGUAAGAUGUUACUAUAUGAGUUGUCACGAAUAAAAAUAUCCGCAAAUUGUAUACUACUUAAACUGUAUAAUAAUGAUUUUCAUUAAUUCAGACGUUAAAUCAGUUAGAGACAAUAAUGUCUCAUCGCGUUUAUUAUCAUCGAGCAAAUCUUCCUACCACAUGUUUUUCGUAAAAAGGAACGGCAUUUCAAAUUUCAAACAGCAAAAAUAGUUUUGAAACAAUAACAACUUUUUGCCUUCACUGACUCUUAUAGCUUACCGCGAUUACAUACGAGUGAAGUAGUGCUGUAUUUUUUAAUGUACUUAAUUGCAUAGCGCAAUAAGAAAGAGAAGAAAAAGGGGAAAAACAGAACAAAAAAAUAAUUUAAUAAACGAAUAAUCACAUGUUACGAUUAAUCAAUUUUGACGGUAAAUAAAUCGCAGGUAAUAAAUCAACGCAACCUUCAACAUACGAGAUACUAAGCUGAUCAAUGUCUAAAUUAUUCCACAUAGCUAUCGCUAAUACGAUAAUGGCUGUACUUUGUUGGAAAAUGAAAUUAUAUAGACAUUAAAAUUAUACCUAUGAGCGAAAAAAUAUCAUCGGUACCGGAAUGAAAUAAUAAUAUGAUAGAAAAGCAAUAUCGUAUAACUCGAUAAAGCGUAAUCCACAAAAUCUAUUAAAUUUAACCUCACAGGACAAAUCUCUAGAACUAGGGUAACGAUAUAUAAUGUUUUGUACAGCUAGAUAACUAAGCCAGUAAUGGGUUACGUGCAACAUUAUAUAAGGAAUAUUAUUGUAAUUUAAAUACUACUACUAAAUUAUUAUAUAAUAUAAUAGUAGGUAUAUUACUGUAAAUACCUAUAAUAUUGGGAUGAAUUUAACUAUGCAGGAAGUAAAAGAACAUAAAUAAAUAAGUAGACGAAGAGCAAAGGAAAAAUCAAGAGCGUAGGCGUCAGGCGGCUACAUAUUUAGAAGUCCAUUUAAGACGUACGCAGACUGCCUCAAAAAAUGAAAACAUUGUUCCAUCAUUGUUGCGUCAGUCCGCAUAAUUCAUGAAUGAGCUGUAUUUACGUUACACGAUGUUGAUAUUUAAAUUAAAAGGUAAAAUAUACUUAGAUUUUUAGAAAAUUGAAUAAGAGAAGAAUAAUGAGAAAAAUUUAAGACUUGAGAUGGAAAAAAUGAGUUGGUAGAGAUCUGAUGUUAUUACAAAAAAAAAAAAAAAAAAUGAUUUGCCAAUUUCACUGUAAUCUGUAACAUAAAUAACUAAUGGUAAAGGAUAAAGUUUUUAUUUACAUUGGUGGUCUGUGCACGGUAGAAAGUACGUACAUGCCCUAUCUAACUGGAAAUUUCAAUUGGACUUUAUGUGGAACAUGCUGAUUACAUUUGAAUACACAGUUGCCUUUAUUCUGUAAAGAAUUAAUGUUUUCUGAUUAAAAAUGUUGUUUUUAAUAUUCGCGUAGUUCUUAACAACCGGAUGGAAAAUUAGAUCUUUUGUUUGUGAUCUUUUUUUCAUUUUAAUUUUCAACUCUGCGUAAGUACGCUCUUUGCUUCAAUGAGAAAGUAUACGGCGAGCCAUGUAAAACCUCAUGAAACCUCAGUUUCAGCUAGCGUAACUUACUGUGACUGAUGAUGAAUAUAUGAAAAAAAACAUAUAGAGACCCAGAAAUUGACUGAGGCAAAGAAAUCUAUCUCAGUAUAACAAAUAAAUGAACGUAUAGGAGAAGAAAAAAAAUACUAUUACUGACACCUAUUAUACAUUUCUCUAUAGUCUAUUAAAUAACAUUACUUAUUGAAUUUUCAAUCUCAUGUUCACCUUGUUUCGUCGUUUUCAAAUAGUUAAUAAACGUUUUACCAAUUUUAA